AUGAUCACGAAGUUUCUGAAAAGCUUAGAAGACCCAAAUAGGCCAUUAAUUGGCCCUAAUUACUGGAUUUUAAGAAAAAUGGGUCUAAUUCUACCAGAAAACAAAUUAGGAAAAGCUUUGUAUAUUUUUUUACACGGGUUUGCCUCUUUUUUCGUGCUCACCCAAUAUAUGGAACUGUUCGCCAUUAAGUCGAGCUUAGAUCUGGUGCUAACCAACUUGAAGAUAUCAAUGCUGAGUAUAGUAUGCAUUGUAAAGGCGAAUACCUUUGUAUUUUGGCAAGGAAAAUGGAGGGAACUCUUCGAUUAUGUUUGCAAAGCUGAUAAAUAUGAAAGAGAUAGCAAAGAUCCAGUAAAAGCUAGAAUUGUCGAUUCAUAUACGAAGUAUUGCCGUCGAGUGGUACACUUUUAUUGGAUCUUGAUAUGCAUGACCGUCGUGACAGUGGUAAACACACCAUUACUAAUGUAUUUGUCUUCGUCAAACUAUCGGAAAGCCUUACACAAUGGCACAGAAUUGUUUCCCCACAUAUUUAGUUCGUGGGUACCAUUUGAUAAGUACAAUCCACCAGGUUCCUGGAUAAUGAUUCUAUACCACACCGUGAUGUGCAUUUACGGGGGUGGUAUUAUGGCGGCAUACGAUACCAGCGUAAUGGUCAUUAUGGUGUUCAUCGGUGGGAAAAUGGACCUGCUCCGGGUGCGGUGCAAGCAAAUCUUUGGUACCAACGAUUUAGGCGUCGAUGACAAACAAGCUGAAGCAAAUAUACGAGAGUUACACGAUAUCUACGUCCUUUUAAUGAAGAACUCCCAAUUGUUUAACUCCUUGCUGUCUCCUGUGAUGUUCUUCUACGUAAUUAUGUGUUCGUCGGUGCUUUGUUUUAGUGCAUUUCAACUAACCUCCGCCAACGACGCAACGCAGAAACUGCUAAUGGCGGAAUACUUAGUGUUCGGAAUCACACAGCUGUUCUUGUUCUGUUGGCACAGCAAUGAUGUUCUCGUGAAGAGUGGCAAUGUAACGUUUGGGCCAUAUGAGAGCGAGUGGUGGACGGCAGGUCUCCGGCAGCGCAGGAAUAUACUGCUACUCGCAGGACAGCUAAGGCGUGUUCAUAUGUUUACCGCCGGCCCGUUCACCAACCUGACACUUUUGACAUUUAUUACGAUUCUUAGAGGGGCCUACAGUUAUUACACGCUACUUAAAUAA